GAAACACUCCGGGAGUUGGACCCAGACAUCCAUGUUGUGGUCAACAACGUUGGUAUCGCUUACCCGGAUGGUAAGCCCACCUGUUUCGGGGAUAUACCUAAUUUAGACCAAUUCUGUACGGAUAUGAUUAACGUUAACAUAAUGUCGUGCACUCGACUCACGGCACUAGUAUUGCCAGCAAUGGUAUUCAAUGGACAGGGAGUCAUAAUCAACGUAUCGUCGGUGGCGGCUAUUACUCUCAUGCCAUUAAUGAGCCAAUACUCGGCCACCAAAGCAUACAUGGAUUACUUUAGCCGUGCGUUAGCCACAAAGUACAAUGAUCGGGGUAUUAUCGUACAGUGUGUGUUGCCUAAUGUGGUCUCUACUAAAAUGAUUCCUCAGGAACUCCACCGAAAAUCAUAUAUACCCGGUGCUCGAGACUACGUGCGCCUAGCAGUGCGUACAGUUGGUGUUGAGGGCCGUACCUCAGUGUACCCGUCCUACCGGUACCAACAGUUUUUACUCGAUUGUGUAGCCAUACUAUCCAUUAUAAUAGGUGUGGAUUUGGGCCCUAAAGUCAUAUUAUAUUAA